CUAUAUAGGCAAGAUGAUUGACUUCAUACUGGUCAUAUUCUUGAUGAUGAAAUCAAGUUUUGUCAUUCCAUCGGAUAUUGCAAAUGAAGAUCAGCGAUCCUCACUUAUCAUCACAACCGAUGACCACAAGCUUGUUGGCCAAACCAUCCACAAAAGGAAAGCUACUGAUGUCUUUGAUUGUGCUCUCUGCCUGAUUGGUGACCAGUCAUUUAACUUCAAUGAAGCAACUGGAGACUGUUAUUUGAACGGAAGAAGGGCAAAAGAUAAGGAACUUGUGAAAGAGUAUGGUUACAUCUAUGGAGAGAAGAAUCCCUGCGAGAAAAAACCAUGUCAAAAUGGAGGCGAGUGUAUCAUUCGAGACGACAGACAAGAUUACCAAUGCAAGUGUAGGACUGGAUUCAUAGGAAAGAAUUGUGGUGCCAAGAAGUGCGAUGGCCUCAURCCAGUUGGAAUGGAAAGCGGAAAGAUUUCUGACUCAAGCAUUACCGUCUCUUCUUAUUCAUCAUUUCUUUGUGAUCCCAUUGCAUGCCAUCCACGUCUCAACGUUCUUGCACACUGGAGUCUCAACGGAUCAGAGACAGGGUUAACGUUGCAUGGAAGUCCGACAUUUGUCGAAGGUCGUUUACCAGACACUAAAGCUAUAGCCUUUACAAAGACGAACAGCUAUGCAAGAAUUCCAAGUGUCAGUCUUCAAUACAGAAAUUUCACCAUCGCAGUAUGGAUUAAAGUGUACAGUAUUCUUUCAAGGCCACAACAUUUUGUCAGUGAUUGGUACAGUCCCGGUUAUAAUUUCUAUUUUGGGAUACUGGGGAAUAACGGGUACCUCAUYUUCUCUCGCUAUACACAGAAUAAUCUUUGGCCUUCAGUCGAAACCAGUUUUUCUGUCACACCAAAAAACUGGCAGCACGUUGCGGUGACAUGGAACAGCACAAAUUUGGAAUACAAGCUCUACWUAAACGGAACGGAAGUGUAUGCAGAAAUAUUUUCGUCGGAUAAGACACGUUGGCGGUCUGAAAGAUCAACAUUCGAACUUGGAGACAGURAWCAUWCUKYUGAAAGUCAGUUCCUUGGUGAAUUAAUGGAUCUUUACAUCAUUGAUGGUACAAUGAACACAGAACAAAUCAAUUUUAUUAAAGGCAAAGCGGAAGAAAAUAAAGGCAUGGCUGGGUCACGAGCUCUUGUUUCAGAUAAAGGAAGAAUCAACAGUGACGCUGCCUGGGUUGCGAAAAAUCAGAAAGUCGGUGAAUAUCUGCAGGUCGACCUYGGUAAUACUACCACGAUGACUGGCAUUGCCACCCAAGGUUAUAUGCUUGGGCAAUUGCAAGUAUAUGUCACAAGCUAUAAAGUACAAUAUGACACCAAAGUUAUUACCCCAGCAUCUCCCUUUGCUGAAGCAGGCAAGAAUUUUACGGGCAACAGUGAUGCUAACAGUACUGUAAAGCACACUUUCAAUCUAUCUUUUGUUGCCAAAUAUGUCCGGGUUCUCCCUCAGACAUGGCAUCAUACUAUUGCACUUAGGAUAGAACUGUACGCAGGCUGCUAAGAAAGCCGUUGAUCAAUGGCUUGUUCCUGUGUCAAACUGGCUGAUACCUUGCAUUUUUUCUUGAAUUCUCUGAUAUUAAUUUCUGUUAGUUAUUUGGUGCCUUUUAACGGUUUUUAAAAAAACCGUUAUAUUUGUUUUUAAACUUUCAUAUUCUUCAAGUCCCUUUGAAUAAUGAUGAYCACAUUCAGUAGAUUAUAUGAACGAUUGCAUAAUUUCAAACAAUAAAUUGAUGUACUCACAUUUUGUUAUUGCUUUAGGUCAUUUGGAAGUUUAUGUAAUGGAUAUAUUACAUGGUCACUGCCAUCAGAGAGUUAUGUCUAUGUCUCUACUUUCUCCUUACAUCUCUUUAUAAUAAUUUGACUACUGAAUAAUGAAGAUGCAAAAAGUCAAAAUAUAUUAUUAUUCUGAAAAAUAUGCCCAAAAUAUCGUGACAUUUUGAUGGCAGUACCUGUCUGUUUSCUUGCAUAAUACUAUAUAUCAAUCGAGCAAUAUAUACGUUCGAAUAAAGAGUAGAAAUACUAGUUGAAAGUUG